AUGUCUAAUGUUCUUAUCGUGGGUGCCACUCGAGGCCUGGGGGCCUCUCUCCGCGUGCUAUACUCGUCUAAGCCAGCCACCCAUGUAUAUGCAACAGCGCGGUCAUCAAGUCCAGAACCAGACCAAGGCGUAACCUGGCUAACAGGAGUGGAUGUAUCUCAGCCAGACGUGGGACAGAAGCUUGUCUCAAAGCUUCCCUCCAAAAAGCUGUCAACCGUUAUCAUCACAGCGGGGUACUUCGGAUUCGAAACAUUUGAUUCUCCAAAUUGGGAGAAGCAAGUACAGAUGUAUACCACCUCCGCGAUUGGUCCUGUCUUUGUGGUACACAAUCUGGUCAAAGCCGGCUUACUGGAUCAGGGAAGUAAAGUGAUACUGGUUAGCAGUGAGAGUGGGAGUAUCACUCUCCGUCAUGAGAAAGAGGGUGGGGGGAACUUUGGUCAUCAUGCGAGUAAGGCAGCUUUGAAUAUGGUUGGAAAGCUUUUGAGCUUGGAUUUGAAGGCCAAAGGAAUCGCUGUGGGCUUGGUUCAUCCUGGGUUUAUGCGGACCGAGAUGACUAAGAGUGUUGGCUUUGAUAAGUAUUGGGAUGCAGGUGGAGCCAUCACGCCAGAUGAAGCAGCGCAGUCACUUGCAUCUUUCAUCGAAGGGUUUGAUAUCAGCCGAACGGGCGAAUUCUGGGCACCUAAUGGACCAAAAGAUAUUGGCACAGCCGAAGAUGUUCUUGGAAAGAACUUGUCAACGCCUUUGCAGCUUCCAUGGUAG